CACAGCGUUAGAUUUUGAAGCGUCGGAUCACUGCGUGGAGAAGCGGCGGGGCCUCGGAUGGCUCCAGCGUCUAGAAUUCAAUUCCUCCUCCUCGUUCGUGUCUAUCUAUCCAUGGUUGCAAAAUUAGGGUUUUCUCAAUCCGUCUCUCUGGCUUCGCGCUACUGUCGCUGCAAUUCAUUCACAACUGGCGUCAAUUCUCAUGGUGUGAUUGGAGCCUUUACUUGACGACACAAAGUAGUGACCACACGGGAUAGAAUGGCUUUGACGAAGAUAUCCCUGGUGGGGGUGAGAGAGUUGUGCAGCCUGCACCAUCUCUCUUCUUCACCGCCUCGUUUUACCCCUGUCGUUGCUCUACCAACAACCCUCCAAGGGGUUGCUAGACCAGGCGUGAGGAGAUGCGAGGUUAGGAGGCGGACGGUGAUUCGUGCUGCCGAAGCUGGCAAUGAUGAGAUGCCUUCAGAGAUUGACGUAUCCGUCUUCCGAUUCACUCUGGGCAUACAGGGGUUUGAUGAUGCUGAUCUGCCGAGAAUUGUUGGGAUCUUAUUUGGCAGCCUCCUGCUCGUCAACCACGCUGUCAGCAUCGAAUCCAUGACCCGUGCGCAAUUGACAUCAGAAGCUUUGGGGCUGUUUCUAGCUGGAGUAGCGUGCAGUCUUCCCUCUGUCGGUCGUCGCCUCAAAGGAGGAGAAGCUAAAAAGAAGGAUGACAACGUGUCUCGCCCGCGAUCUGUAUUUGAAUUAUCUCGAAGGCUUAAUGACCCAGAGAAGCAAGAGUUAGCGUGGGGCACGUAUAGUUUGCUUCAAAACAGCAGAGCUAGUGCUGUGAUUGUUUGGCAUCGGGAUGAGGUUGUCUGCGCUCGUGGCAGCUUUGACCUUGGUACUAUGGUUCGAGGUGCCAAGGCUCUACCAGUGUUGCAGGAUAUGCUCAACAACACGCCUUUCAUCCAUUCAAGUGAUCCUUUUUACGUAUCCGAAGGUGCAGAUACUAAAGGGUGGCCGAUCGUUCCAAAGAAUAUGAAGUCAAUACUUGUUCAGCCUUUCGAGAAAAGUGAUUCAAGCAGUUCCGUAGCAAAAGGAGGUCUGAUCCUGUUUUCAUAUCAGUCUCGCAGUUACACUAGUAAAGAUAGGACAUGGAUAGCUAUGAUAGCUAAAAAAUUCUCUCAUGUAUUGAAAACUUAGGACUGGUAAUCAUGCUGAGUACUAGCUCCUCUGGCAUUUGUUUCUUUAUUACUCGUAACAUUCAUUCAUGCUGUUUUGUAAAUCAAUUCAUCCUUCCAAUGAGGUUUUCGAAUAGCCCAAUGAGAAGUUCUGGGUCC